AGGUGGGUGCCCUUGAUGCAGCUCAGCCUGAUGGCAGAAGAGGCUGACAGGAAAGAAAGUUGUUGGCGUGGCCUCCCAGACCCAGGAGUGGAGGGCUGUGUGAGGACCAGGGAAUUGAGGCACUCAGACAGAAACACAGGGUCCAACCCUUCUCCAGAAGUGCCCCAUGUCACAGAGGGAAGCCCUCGGGGUGAAAGGGUGAGCCCUCAACAGGUCUCUUUCCUUGGUCUUCACUGGGUAGUGUGGGGAGGUGUGGCCAGGUGGAACCAACGUUAGUCCAGACCAGGAUCUAGCCUGGCACCAGAGCGACCACCUCUGACCUCUCCUGUCCUUGUCCUGGGCCAGGAGUGACACCAGAUGAGCGACAUGGAAAGGAGUCAGAAGCACAAAUGUGUGUCUGUUUCGGCAGGGGAGGGGGCAUGGGCCCCUGCUGGGCUGCACAGGGGAGGGUGGAGUGGGACUUUUCCAGAGAGGGAGCCAGGCCUGGCCCUGGCCCCGGGAGCUCACGUCACCCCCACCCCUCACUUCUCCAGGGAACUGCCAAAGCCAAACCCAGCUCGGGACGGGAUUAUGUGUACUGGGUAGACCCGGGGAGAGGGGCAGCGACAAGGAAUCUGGGAGGCAGAGCGCAUGGAGAGGGGUUGGCAUCAGAGAAGGGGCAGGCAGAAAUCACCCCAUUUCUUCUUCCCUCAGCUGGAGAGAGGCAGAGGUUGAAGACUUGGGUGGAACAUGGGCCCUUCUCUGGAGACCCUGGCCUCUGCCAUUCAGUCAGGGUGGAGAUGCUGACCUCAGUGGCCAGCCCAGCCGGGGGAAGGAGUGGUCCACAACCCCCUUCCCAACCCGAAGCCAUUAGGCGGCUCUGGCUCAGCCACUCUGACCCCUCCCUCACAUUCCAGGCCCUGGGUCUCAGGGAGGGCAGUGGGGCUAAGCGACUGCUCCCAGGCACAUUCCUACCCUUCUCUUGGUCAUUUUCCACCCCAGAGCUGGCCCACCUCAGCAACGUGAGGGCUCCCUGGAUUCCUCUCUCGGGUGCCUUUCAGAGCCAACAGCAACAGCUUUUUUUUUUCCUGGAAAGCAGAACUAAGAGUGGGGUGAGGAGCAGGGGUGGGAAGGACUCAAAGUGA